AUGGCUACCGUCAAUGUCGGCGACCACGAGGUCCCAGUAUUGGAAACCCAUUAUGCAGCUCUCCGGCGCUUGAGAUGGCACGCAUACAGUAAAGGCCAACAGCCACUACCCAUCUGGGCUGAUGCACUGUGCAUAAAUCAGGCAGAUUUGAGCGAAAAAGAGCACCAAAUCCCGCUCAUGCGAAAAAUAUAUUCACUCUGUAAAUCAACCGCCGUCUGGUUAGGAGAGUUCCCGGACACGAUUUUGGAAGGCAUAUCUAUAGCAUGCGUACAGCUCAUACGCGAUAUCUCCGAGGGGACGCAUCUCAAUUCCUUGUCCGUACUUGCUUGCGACAAGAAGGACCUUUUCUUCAUCAAUGUCUACGGAGCUUUUGAGUCUCUGAGGUCCAGUCACUGGUUCGAGAGACGGUGGGUGAUACAAGAAGCAGUCCUGGCGCCUUCUGUUCACGUGUAUUUCGGAACGGUACUAUUGGAUUCAAGCCUCAUUUGGGACGCUCUCCAACACCUUGGUUGUGAGGCCUGUGACAGCAUUCCAUCGGAUCGAGGGCACCUCCGGUUCCGUCGUCAAAUCCAGGGCUUCCUGGUGAAUUUCAAACCCAUAUUCGACUUGCGGCGCUGUUCCGACCACAGGAUUCAUAUUCUUGAUCUUUGCCGGCGCUUUCCGAGCAGAAAGACUUCAGUGAACGCGGACGGUGUCUAUUCAUUACUAGGUUUAACCAAACCAACGUCCAAUAUGGUGCCAGACUACACGCGGUCUUUCCAUCAACUCUCGACGGAAAUCUCGGCAGACUACAUCAGCAAGGAACAAUCUUUAUCUCCAUUACAUUUUGCCGGCCUUAGGCAUGAGUUGAGCCUCCUGCCAUCAUGGGCCGUUCACUGGACAUCGUUUAGCGACUCAUGGAGCGAGUUCAUGGCUAUAUAUCCGUGUUCAAUUUCGAAACCCCAACAACCGUUGCCUAUUCAAUUGCAGAAUGAACAGCUGCGCUUCAGUGCGUGUGUGGUGGAUGAGAUUGAGAACACAAACAAAAUCAUUGCUGACGGCAUACACCGCACCAUUUUUGACCCGGCACUCUCGGUCGUCCGCGACAUUGCUGCCCAACUCGCGGAGAACGACUGCCUUGACGAUGACUACCCGGGUGGAGGCUCAUGGAAAGAGGCGUGGUGGAGGACUCUUACUGCAGACUAUUAUUGCGAUGUCCUUUGGUCUAGGAGACUCACAAUGGAGGAUGUUGCAAGCUUUUCUGAGAGCGUUUUUCAAUACAUCGAUGACUUCUCGAGGAAAAGGAUCCUGCCUGCAGACGGAGAACGCCGGCGAAUCGAGGCACACUUUGAUCGUAUGGUGGCCACGGUAUCAGUUAUUCUCCCUGAGAAAGCCUUUUUCUAUACCAAGAAGGGAUUCAUAGGGCUUGCGCACCCGCAAGUGAAACCGGGGGACCGCAUUCAUUGGGUCCCAGGUUGUCAAGUACCGAUGAUAAUGCGAGAUGCACCAAAAGAGGAGAGGGCAAGGCUGGGAGCCACAUUUUGCAGAUCGUGGGCCCAUGUUACCUCCAUGGAGGAAUGGAUGGACAGCUUGAGGGGAGACCCGCCGACCUUCGGGAGGUCGUGA